CGUCAGAUCACGUUUAUUAGGUGAGAUUUUAGGAAAUGAUGAAGUCUCCGGUUUAUGAAUCCUGGAUCCGGCUGACGUCGGUGAACAGAACAGGUGCGCACGUUCAGCCCGCGUCAAGAGUUCUGAUUGGAGGAGAGGCGCUCGAGUGUAUCCUGAUUGGCUGAGCGGUCAUAGGGGCGUGUCCGCAGGUGAAGAGCCGCAGCUGAGCGUACAGGGAAGUGAACACAGUCUCAAGUCAAAAAUCUCACAUUGGACGUCAUUAUAAUUUUAUAAACUGGCAGAUGUGGUGAUGUGGUUGGUAAAGGUGAUGUGGAUGUUGGUGGAGGUUGUGUUAGCAGAGAGGAAUGACCACACUGACCAAGAGGAACCGGCGCUCUGAGGCUCCAGCGGAGCGAUGGAGUAACGCUGAGGAGAAGGAGGAGAAAACAGACGGCACGGAUGAGGAACAGGACACUGACUGCAAAUCACUGAGACUCACACUGAUGGAGGAGAUUCUGCUGCUGGGACUCAAAGAUAAAGAGGGCUACACGUCGUUCUGGAACGACAGCAUCUCGUCAGGGCUGCGUGGCUGUAUUCUGGUGGAGCUGGCGCUGAGAGGACGCAUUCAGCUCGAACCGCAGAGCUUACGCAAGAGAAAACUACUGGACCGCAAGGUGUUGGUGAAGUCCUCCGCUCCCACAGGUGACGUGCUGCUGGAUGAAGCGCUGAAGCACAUUAAGAACACUGAACCACCGGAGGACGUGGCCAGCUGGAUCGAGCUGCUCACAGGCGAGACGUGGAACCCGUUAAAGCUGCACUUCCAGAUGCGUAACGUGCGCGAGCGUCUGGCCAAGAGUCUGGUGGAGAAGGGCGUCCUGAGCACGGAGAAGCAGAACUUCCUGCUGUUCGACAUGACCACGCACCCGCUGACGGACGGCAACGAGAAGGAGCGUCUGCUGCGGCGUCUGCAGGACAGUCUGCUGGAGCGCUGGACCAACGACUCGCGCCGCAUGAGCCGCCGCAUGCUAGCGCUGAUCCUGCUAGCGCACGCCGCAGACGUGCUGGAGAACGCGCUGAGCUCGCUGAGCGACGAGCGCUACGACACGGCCUGCUCGCGCUCACGCAGCCUGCUGGAGGCCGACCCCGACCUGGAGAGCGCAAAGGUCACGACCCCCGCCGAGGAGAUGAUCUGGGCCGUGCUGGCCGCCUUCAACAGAUCCUGAGAGAACGGCAUCCGCGCGCACUACAGAGCAUCACAGCCAGUCACUAAACGCAUCAAACUAACAUUUUUCUUAUGUUGUCAGGUUCAGUCAUUUUAACAUUUUGUUAUUUUUCCAUUUUUGUUAAAGUUUUUUUUCUUCCUAAUUUGGCUUUAAAUAUUUUUAGUAAUUUUAGUACUUCAUCUUCAGCUUAUUUAAUUUGAGUUAGUUGCAAAUUUUAUUUUUUUAUUUAUUUUAUUUUUUUUAAAUUGUAUUUUAGUUAACAACAAUAGUUUAACAAUAACAACAAUUAUCUUAAUUUUAAAUUUAUAUUAAUUUUAGUACUUCGUCUUUAGCUUAUUACGUUUUACUUAGUUGCCAAUGUAAUGUUUCAUAAAUAUUUUUAAUUUGCAUCUAAUAUUUUUAUUUUAUUUUAUUUCAAUUAGCAACAAUAGUUUUAAUUAACAAUAACAACACUGAUCUUUAAUUGUAAUUU